AUGCCUUCUCACCAUUUCAAUACGCUAAAGGACAUCCCGGAUCUAUCCGGAAAAGUCAUCCUAGUCACAGGAGGCANNCGUCUUGACAUCACUAGACACUCGAGGAAGUCGAUUAACAGUACUUCAGGGACCUCAGGCGUAGGAGCAGAGACAAUCAAACAGCUCGCAGUCCACAGUCCAAGCAAAAUCUUCUUCACUGGUCGCAAUGCGAAAGCUGCCAACACUCUCAUCGAGUCGAUGAAGCUUCUCAAUCCGCAGGUGCAGAUGCGCUUCGUACCUUGUGACCUCUCAGAUCUAAGCUCCGUUCGUCAAGCAAGUAACAGAAUCGCUGCCAAAGUAUCACGAAUUGAUCUGUUCUUUUGCAACGCCGGUGUCAUGGCAUCACCAGCUGGCUUGAGUAAGGAUGGCUAUGAACAGCAGUUUGCGACGAAUCAUCUUGGUCAUGCUCUCUUGAUCGAUCUUCUGAUGCCAAUCUUGCAAGACACGGCGGCUCUACAUGGUUCUGAUGUCCGUAUCAUCAUUACAACAUCACAAGCUGCUUCGACGCCAUUGGUACCAAAGCGCGGGAUCGAUUUCAGCUCUCUGAAAACUGAACAGAGAAUGUUGGCAGGACGAUGGCGUCGCUAUGCGCAAUCGAAACUUGCAAACAUGCUUUACGCCAAAGCCUUGAACCGACAGUAUCCCUGCGUCACCACUGUUUCAGUGCAUCCAGGUAUUGGCUAUACAGGAUUGCAGGACAACUUCAAUCUACUUGAUCGGUUUGUCAUGUGGGCUACCACGAUGGGCAAGCGAAGUCCAGUAAAUCAACUCGCCUGGAACGGACUGUGGGCAGCUACGGCUCCCAAAGGGUCGGCGAAGGGACAAGUACAAGGAGGAGAUUAUUACGAGCCCGUAGGUGUAAGUCCAAAACCUACGAGUCAUCAGAACAACACAGCUCUGGAAGAUGAUUUAUGGGACUGGACGCAAGAACAGUUAGAAGCCUGGGAGCUCAAAGCAGGGUUGAAGGUACGACACUCGUUCUCUUCUUUUCAACACUCAUGA